CAGAGUUUUAGUCGUGAACGGCCGUCCGUUGUGAAUGAUACGCGAGAAAUAUUCGUUAUCAAUUUCACAGAGUGUGUUUUCUUUUCAAAAAGAAACUUAUGACGGAACUUGAUUAAUAAAAAAAAAACCAAAACAAUAAAAAAAAGAAAUCUGUGUGUAAAAGAAAUUUAUUUUUUCACAAAAUAUUGUCAAUUAUUAAAAAUUAACAAGUUUUGAAAUAAAUAAAUAAAUAAAAAAAAGUUUGUCUUUCAACCGGAUUGUUAAUCACUUCACCGGUAUCUGAAGUUUUUCCUUUUUUUUUAGUUGUUGAUACUUAAAAGAAAAAGAAAGACAAAAAUUCUUUAAGUUUGACCACUUUUCAAAGUGUCUGUGUGUGUUUAUGUGUGUGUUUGUGGGAAUUUGAAAGUUUGAAAAAACAAAAUAUUGAAACGUGUUGUUUAUCACAAGUGGCGGGAAUUGAAAUUAUCACAAAUUUUCAUAUAUUUUGGAAAAUACUUUUUUUGCAGAAACUAAAAAAAUAAAAGGAGAGAUUAUUUUUGAGAAAGAAGAUAUGCGUAAUCUGAUGGAGAGACAGAAUUCAUCCUGGUUCGCGUUGCUUUUGACCGCUUUCUAUUCUGUUCUGGCUAGUGGCCGUGGUGAGGAGUGCGGACACGAGGAAUUAUCCAGAUGUGCCAAGCCACUUCAAGAAAUCACCCGCAACAACGAUCUGAGCAUUUUCAUCAAGAAAGAAGAACUCGAUCAAGUUGUCUGCCCAAUAUUGGAGGACGGUGUAAAGUGUAUUAAUUUCUACACAAUGAGGUGUAUGAAGGAACAACAGAGAGAUCAAUUCAAUACAAUUUAUGCAGGCACAAAUAUGGCAAUUAGAGAGCUCUGUCAAGAAGGAACUUACCAAGACGCUUUCCUCGAGCACGUUCCAUGUAUGCAGAAAGAGACAGUAAAGAGAGAAUAUAAUAAGUGCUCGGACGCUUACCAAAAUGGAUUAAAGGAAAUGGAAAAUUCAUCACUCUCCGGACGUGGAGGUCCAACUUCUCUACAAGCACUGUGCUGUUACUUCCAAACAUAUCUGGAUUGUUCGCACAACGUCGUGCUCAGAGAAUGUGGCUCGGAAACGGCAGAAUUUACAAAAAAUUUCUUGGACCGAAUGUCAAAUUCGUUGAGAGAUGCUCACUGUAAAAAUUAUCCUCUCUCGUCAUGUCCGAGUAACUCGAGUUCGUCCAUUAGUCUAUCAACUCUCCUGCUGCCACUGCUUCCAGUUCUUAUUAUACUCAGCAAAUACUUCACUUAAGUAGAAUGAAAAAAAUUGUCGUGAACCGGAAAUCAAAGCUUCUGUUAAAUAAUUACAAAAGAAAAAAAAAAGAAAGAGCAGAAAAAAAAUAAUUAACAAGCAUUUUUUUUCCGUUUUCACGUGUAAUAGGCAAAAUAAAAUGAAAUGCCACCUCGCGAUGAGAAAAGAGUUUAAUCGAAAAGAAAAAAAAAAUUACUAGGUAAAUUUUACCUGGAAAA